AAAUUGACAGAUUGGUGGUCCACGAUGAGAGCGGAGAGAUAAUCGCGCAGAGAGCCGCCCUCCCAUCCCUGUCGUUUGUGCCAAUGGAAGCAGCGUAUUGAUCCAUACUCCCAGACUCAUCAUGCCUCUGCCUCACAGAUAGCAUCUCUGAGGACCAGGCCUGCCCAGCAAGCCUCGCCUGCACCAUGGCAGGAGAGACUCAGCACACGUACCCUGUCAAAAAGCUGGAUGCUGAGUUCAAACUGCAGGAUGAGGGUACUGCACUGGAGCAGUACAGUAGCAGUGAGAAAGCCACAAAAGAGUCUUCAAAGCACUUCUCAAGUUCAGACGUGGAGGAGAGGACAAUCAGCAGAGGGGCCAAGUUUGUAGACAAGGACAGAGACUAUACUCAGCAGCGCGAGGCUGUGAUCCGACCUCAGCAGGCGGGGAAAAUAGACUUCAAGUCACUGCAGAACAAGCCUAAGUUCGCCAGCAACAGGACGUGGCCCAGUGGCAAAGGCAGCCCCCAAUCCCCCAGCGGAAAGAACCGGAGCCGAGACAAGGGUAAGAGGUCAGGGAAGUCGGAGCGCGGUAACCCACAGCAGCUAUACAGACUCAGCAUCACCAACCCACGCUCUAACCCUACAAUCGGCAUCGCCUACCCACAGCAGAAGGUCUCGCCACCCAAGAAGCUGGAGGCCAGUCGAGGCCCUGUGUCGGGCAGCUACAGGUUCCACGUGCCCAGUAUACCAGAGCGAGAGGCCGAGCUGCAGCAGGAGGAGCUCAACUACAGCCGCUGCUUUCAGGAGACCUCCUCCAAUCUCACCUCCCCAAGCUAUACCUCACAGGCACUGGGAACCACAGGUGGGUCAUCCACCCACCAGCAGCCACCCCAGCAGCAGCAGCAACCAGGCCCAAUGGAGAACAAUAAUAACACACAGCCAAGUGGCCAGCUGCUCUUCCCAGACUUUCAGUUGAGUGGCUCCAAUGACUGGCAGUCUCCAGAGAGGACUUUUAAUGGUUCUAACUAUGGGAUUUCCUCACAAAAAUCCACAGUUCUUUCGGAGGUGAACAAGGCAAAUGGCAGCUUUCUGCCAUUUCAGUACGGAUACCUCUUAUUGGAAGACUCAAACCCAGACCCUUUUCCCUGUGAUCAGAAUCCCCAAUCCCAGGACUAUAUAGACUCCUCUUUGACUCCUGCCCAGGUGACUCUUAACUCUUUUACCUUUCAGACAUCUGGGGAGGGUCAGGAGGGGGUUCAGAAUAACACUCAAUUCAACAGUGACCAGCGACAGGACAGGUCUUCCUACCCCCAUCCUCCACAGCCACCACAGUACCUGCAAGCACCACAAGGGGCCGCGUCCUCUAUGCACUGCACCAGGGGCCUGAGUGAGGACUCAGCUAGUAGUGAGAGCUCUGGCUCUAUCUCCCAGCAGUCAGAUCAGGGUAAGAGUUCCCUGCCAGAUAGCACGGACACUUUCAUCCAGGCAGACAAUCGGGAUGUAGCCCUCACUUCAGGGAGCAAGAGGAGUUGCCACCCCAAAGACAGUGCUGCCAGCCAGAGAACACACAUUCAAGCCAGUGUACACCAUGCCAGAAAUAUUGCACAAGGUCCAAACUCCCAAAUGCACUUUUCAAACAAAGCCUACAACAGCAGCCCUCCACUCAAUAGCAUCCACAUGAGCUCUGUGCCUUUUGACAAAAGCGUCAACACCAAGCCCCAUAGUAGGUUACCACACACAUGGGAGAGACCGAAUAAGACCUUUUCACCAGCAGACCAAAACACUAUGGCUUAUCCUAAUAUGAAUGACAAGUUUCAGAACCAGCCAGCCGUCAAUCAAAGGCCAAACACAUCCAAAAGCAGUAGGAUGCCAUGGCAGCAGAUACGCCUAACUUCUGUCAUGCCAAACCAAAACAAGAUAGAGUUGUCUAGGCAACAAAGCAACCAAAAGCUCACUUUUUUGGUAGCACCCUCUGACUGGCAGGAUGACACUAAAUCACAUAAGAAUGGCUCACUGAAAAGCCCCAGCUCCUUCCAAAACAAUAGUGACGGUCUAUCAAACCCAAGGCAAGAGAGUGUCAAACAGGGCUGCAGUACAAUACCACAUUUUAAAGUUGAGACAAGUCACGCAAAGGUCUGUGAGUCCAAGAAUAAGCCCAUAUAUUUUGGAAUGAAUCAAUCAGUACCUGGAGCAUCAUCAAGUACAUAUGGAUAUCCACCAUUGCAGGUCCCACCAAUGGGACUUAUGAUGGUGUCACCAUAUGACUCUCCCUCGCCCUCCCCAAUCCAUAACCCAGCCUCUAGCAGCACAUGUUCCUCACUCUCCCCAGCCUCAACAAGCCCUGUCAACCUCUCUGAGGACAGUCAGAUAUCAAAGACUGGGCAUCCCCCUCCAUUUUAUCACCAGCACCAACUGAAGGCACAAGGACCCACAGAUCACCUCAGCACUAACUCUCACCAUUUCCACUCAGACGCCUCCCGUAAUCUGCCUUACGCCCCAGAGAGGGAAAAAGAUGACAUGAUGAACUACCUGCAGAAUAACGAACACCAAAAGCCUAGUAUGGAAGGCAACAAGGGCUAUAUGGAGGGCUUUGGGGUGGAGCACCACCCCCCUCCACCACCGUACUCUGCACAUCAACUGUUAGCCACGUCUUUAGCCACUGCAAACCUUGACCAACUGGAUGUGCUUCUCACGUGCAAGCAGUGUGAUCAGAACUUCACUAACCUGGCCUCAUUCCUUGGCCAUAAGCAAUACUGUGGACAGCAUGCAUUUUCACAGAAAGUGGAUGACACCAGAACAACUCCAGGAAGUUCAACACAGUUUCACAAUGACAUGACAAAAGAUCCAUCCUCUGGGACCAGUUUAUGUCAACGUGUCUCCAUGCCAAGGUGUCCAACUGACCUUCACCUGUCUCUGCUGGGGCUCAAUAAGAAUGGAGAGCUGAUGUCUGACAGCGAAACAAAAGGAGAUUCUAAGGAUGACCCCAUGAAACUUAACCUGUUCACUGGGGCAGGUAACAUUCCUGUCGCUCUUCCUGACUUGGAGAUGGAGGAUGCAAAAUUAGAUAGCCUAAUCACUGAGGCUCUAAAUGGACUGGGCUAUCAGUCAGACAAUGCAGAGAUUGACAGCAGCUUCAUUGAUGCAUUCACAGAUGAUGAUCCCGCCACUGUCAAAGUAUCGUCAAACAGGCAGACUUUGAAAACCAAAGACUCAAUGGUCUUUGAGGGCAAAAUCAAACAAUCUACUGAAAAUGAUAGGUCUCUGACACAAGGAAAAUAUCUUUAUGACUCAGACAAAGCGAGCCUUCAGACAGAAAACAACCACACAGUAAGCAAACUUGAGAAGACCACUCUGAAUUUUGAGCAGGAUGAGAAAAUCAACAUCAAAAAAGAACUCUCUCAUAUAAAUUCAAGGAUCACCUCAGGGGAGAAACCGAGGGAGCAAGAAAAUAAAGUGAAAGAUAUAAGAAAGCUGUGCAAGAGUGAAAAGGAAAACACUAACACUCCAAGGUUCCUCUUAUCCAGCACAUUUUCAGAACGUUGUGGAGUUCGAAGCCUCCGGGAUAGCUCUUUGUUGAGUGGCUCAACCUCUUCCCAAGUCUCCUCGGCAAACAGGAGUUCCCCAACCCCAAAGAUUACAGCAAGGGAGAAUAAAAGGAAAAGGACCGGUGCCGGUACCUGGAGCAAAGAACUCAUCCACAAAAUAGUUCAACAGAAAAACAAGUUACACAAGCUCCAUGUAAAAGGCACCAAAAACCUCCAAUUCUCACUGGUGAUGGAGAGAUUGACGCCCACAGUGCCAAACCCUACAUUUGGGGAGUAUGACUAUGUCUCAGACUCAGAUGACGAGUCUGAGCCUGUGAAGAUAGCAAGCCAAGGUCGCCUGAGCCAAAGCAGCCGCUGCAAGUACACCUACACAAAGGAGUGCAAAUGGAGGGCGAGGAGUGACAGGGACAGUGCAGCAUGGAGGCACGAGUCAAAAGAGUGCUUUGAGGUGAAGAAAGCUGAAGAUGUCUCCUUGUCUCUAGAGAAACCUGGCUCUCACCAGAGACUUCGGAGGAGAGGCAGCAGGUCAUCCACUAGCAGUGAAGUCAGCACGUCUGUGAGUAUCUCCAGCGAUGGCAUCAACAGCCCCAAAAGCACUGACCGCACAGACUCAGACUGUGAGAAAAGGGUGGAGAUCAGGAGGAAAGACUCUUCCGAGCAGAGAACCUACGAGCGAUCUCCACAGAAGUUAUGCAAAGAGUCUAGCACACAACUAGCACUGACAUUCACCAAAUCUACUCAGAGGUAUAGCGCUGAUAAGACUUUCCUCUCUACUAAUAAAGACAUGUCAAUGGCCUUAAGUAUCACUAACUCGAACAUUGAAGAUGUUGAUCCAGUAUCAGGGCUACUAAAGGUGGGGAGUGCAGUGAAAACCCUUGAGAAAUGCAGAAGCACAGACAUGUCCUCAAGGGAGAAGGACGACUCAUUUAGCAGAGAAACUGAAACGAAAGCAAGUUCAGACAAAAACACACCACUGAGGACAGCCGUCAAGAUCACCAAAGGGGAAUCAAUGCAUUUUCAGUCUAUUAGUUCUGAUCUCAAAUCACAUCAGCUUCAAUCAGCACAUCCUGCCACGAACAACAUGGAAGCACAUUCGUAUAAUAAAUUCAAAAAAGAUGAAACCAUCUCAAAGGAAAAAUCUGUACACAAAAGGCGGGAUGGCGUGGGAUGUCAAUCUAUACAGCCGCAUUCAAAGCUCUCAGACAUUUCUAUGAUUGACAAACACAAUGAGAGUGUCUAUCCAAUGAAAGAUCCAAUGACUUUCACUAAUGACUUAGUCCCCAAGUCCACACCUCUUUGCAGUGCACUCAUGGGCGAAGUGUGCCUGUCUCCAAUUGAACUUCAGGAGCCUCUGACGCAGAAAGAUACAUCAGAUCUGAUCCCAUACCCCCUAGAGCAGGACCAGAGUCUUAUGAAGUCUCCUCUCUCAUUUGACACAUCGUCAAUGUUCGGGGACCUCUCAGUGGCAGGAUUUGAAAAUGGCCUCUACACUGACAUUCCAUUGCACAAAGAAGGUUUCAACUCCUUAAAUACCACCAAUGACAAAAAGGAGGUGUUUAGCGCAUCAUCCUUUCUUUCUCCUUUCUUGGAUCAGAGGGACUGGGGCCUUAUGGUCGAUGUCAGCCCCAUGUUACCGGUUGAGAUAUCCCAAUACAAAGACGGCUCUGAUAAAUUAAAUGAAAAGAAAUCAGAUUACAAUCAUGUUCCUUUGUCUCUGCCAGACAAAAUAAUAGACUACAGUACAAAUCUCAACAGUGCGUCAGAAGAUGAGCUAGAGAUAAAGAGGAUUGUGACCGAGUUGGAAAAUCAGCUCCAGACAGCCAGGCUGAGUCCACCACUGCUUACUGAGGAGUCCCCAAAGCAGCUGAAGAUGAGCAAAUUCUCCCCUCUGCGUCUGGACGACGAAUCUGAGAAUGAAGACACUGGUCUAGAUAUGGGCUGCCCUGUGCAAAGCAUGGCGCUGGCAGUGUCAAUAAUGCCAUCUGACCCACAUUCAGAGUCCUUUGCUGAGCAUAGUCUACCAUGGUCCAGUCCAUUUGAGUUUGAGUUGAUGGAGGGACAGCAUACUCCAACCCAUGACGAACCCAUUGUCCUUGAACAAUUUAGCAAGAAGGAUGAUCGUGAACACAGUAUGACAACUACAACCUCAAAUACAGAGAAAGUGAAAGAGCAACUGAAACAGGAGGACCACAGAGAUGAAGACAUGGAUGAUGACAAGAGAACUGACAUAGAGAAAUCUGAGGAGAUUCUAGAGAGUAAGACCUAUGCCGAAAACCUGAUGAAAAGCCUGGAAGUGAUAUCAGAUUCCAUUUUCAAAAAUGAUCCCAUAACACCUGAAGAGGAGGAGCCAAACCUCACCUCACGUAAGAGCCCAGCACACUUACACAGUGAAAGCCAAACUCCAUCUGCUGAUGCAGCUGAAGGCGCAGAUCAUAAUGAAAUGGUGAUUCCUGAUGACGCGAAUAUUAAAUCCACGCACUUCAGGUCACAGCCUCCUCUCUCUAAAAAAACAGAGCUCCCAUCUGAUGUAAUAAAAGAGAUUGUUUCACUCCAGCCAACUGAGUCUCUACCUAACAACGACAGUGGGUCAGAAUUCAAAGACAUCCCAAUCAUGAGCAAUGUCACUGAAGACAAUAGUGUUAUAGAAACUGAUUAUUGCUCAAACACUGAAAUGGAUAAUCAACCAAUGGCUGAGGAGACCUAUGAGAACCAGAAGCUAGAGGACUAUGGGGAUGAAAUCCUUGAAGCCAAAAGUGCCCUCCCUGAUCAUACAGAGCGUCUAGAUACUACCUUUGAUGAGCAUACAGAGCUUCUAAAGACUUCCAUUGAUGAGCAUACAGAGCUUCUAGAUACUACCGUUGAUGAGCAUACAAAGCUUUUAGAUACUUCCAUUGAUGAGCAUACAGAGCUUCUAGAUACUACCGUUGAUGAGCAUACAGAGCUUCUAAAUACUUCCAUUGACGAGCACACAGAGCUUCUAGAUACUUCCACUGAUGAACAUACAGAGCUUCAAGAUACUACCAUUGAUGUGCACACAGAGCUUCUAGAUAGCACCAUUGUUGAGCAUACAGAGCUUCUAGAUACUUCCAUUGAUGAGCAUCAGGAGCCAGUGGAGGACAUCAGUCUCAAUGCUAAGUCUGUGAGCCAGCCCUCGAAUGGGUCCAACCUAGCAGACCAGGAAAUGGAUGUCAACUUGGAUAAUAAGCCUGAAGAGGUAGAAAAUGCAUCUGAGGAACAAUCCAUAUACGUCCAAAGUAACUGUAAGAGUGUAUGUCCCUCACCAUCUGCAAAUGAACAGACGGAGGACAGUUCAACAUGUGUAAUGAAGGAAGACAACAUUGAUUCCAAAAGUACAAUACAGAACAAAGUGAUAAGUCAUACAGUUUCUCUGAGGUGUAGCACCCCCGUGAAUGAUAAUACCAAUCAAUCAACCCAUGUCUUCAUGGAGACUGUCGCAGUUAAGCCUUGCAGUCCACUGUUGAUGGAUACAUACACCAUGUUGGUCAUUGCUGAGUGUGACAGUGACCUUGACAGUGAUGCACACAUGGAACAUACACCUGAGGACAAAGAAACAGAAAUGGAACCUGAAUGUGAGGCUAACCAUAGACAAAGAGAAACGAUUCCAGAAGUUGAAAACAUCCAGGAACAAGUUCCCUUACAUCUCAUGGCAUCUCCCCAGCACUCACCAUGCAAAGAGGAUUUGCAGAUGGACGAAAGGCUGGAUAUUAUUCCAGAGGAUGCUCCUCCAUCCAGUCCUGUUCUACCAGCUUCUCCACACACACCUGUGAACAACUCUAACACACAAGAACAAGAAAAUCCACAACCAAUCACAUGCAAUAAUAUAGAUACUAUCCCAACCGCAAUCCAAUCUCCCAAGGAGGAAAAUUGUGAAGACAUAAAUGCCAAAGAAGCACUGCAUAUUGAUGACUCAUUGACCAGAAGAGCUGAGAUGGAGUACUCUUUAGUAAGUCCUCCUCAACUGGACUUGGGAAUCACAGACAGUAAAAUAUGUAGCACUGACGCCUGCAUUCCUUCCCCUCUACCCUUGACCAUUGCAACAGAGGAAUCUGAGGCAAUGGAGGCCCUUACGAAGAGAGUCUCUGUAUCACUGUAUGAUUUCAAAUUAAGCCCACUAAACUACAAUUACAUUCCAGAUGAGCCUCCACAACUGAGUCAGUUCGAUUACACUCCUAUCUCCCCAGCCAAUGUGGAUGAGGAGGAACCAGCCAUCAAGCAGAGCCCCAAGGACGACUGUGAACCUUGUGAUCGCAGUGAUGACACGACAUUGACAUCAGACAAAAGACUGUGUGACAUAGAGACAGAGGUACCUAUGAGUCGAGACCAUACAGCCAAGCUAAGUCCACCAGAUGAAUCUUUGAACAAGAGCAACAUCCAAAAUGACAUAAAAUGUCCAUCCAUUUUACUGGGUCUUCCUUCUCAGAGCACUGCUCCGUCCACUGGCGAUUUGGACAUUUGCCCGGCUCCCCUUCAAACGAUUGAUUAUUUGGACUUACAUGUUGACUUGCUGAAGAGAGUGGAUCCAGAGGCCCUGGAUAUGUUUAAGGUCCCUAGUGAGCUGAACACCCUUGCUUUUAUAAAGGACAUCUCAGAUAAUCAGCACACGCCCAAACCACUGAUCAUCUGUGAGAAUGAGCCAACCCCAUUACCAUCAGACCAAACAGAAUUACUAACAGUUGAGGAAGGUCAGUGCUCAGUAACCCAACAGCAAGAGGAAGAAACCACACAGAAAAAGAUACAUCUGUGUGAGAUAUGCUCAAUGUGUUUCCGGACAGUGCCAGGAUUGAAGAGACACAAGGCCAUGAAACAUUUGAUCAGGACUGAAAGAAGCCCAAUUUUGGAAAAUGCAAAUCAUCAAGGGAGUCUACACAGUUACCAAACAUCCCAGUCUAUAGAAACAGGAAAUAAAGAGGAUCUAGAGCUCCUGGUUCCACACACCUGUUUACAAACAGAAAGCAAUGAGGCUUCUGAGAAUCACUGUCCUGUGACAAGUAAUAGCUCCUUCGUAACCAAACAAGGAGAAACAAAUUUUAUCCUGGAGAACAUCGCAAGUGAAACAAAUAUGGCAGUGCCAGCUGAUGACAUAGUCCAGCAAAUGCCUCCUCAGUUUACAAAAGCGAAGAAAAUCUACAAAACACGGAAGAACAGAAACAAGGAAGUGAAUGUGAAGCCUGAACCAUUCUCUGACGAGCUUCUCAAUAUAUUGAAAACAGACAUAUUACAGGCUAUUACUCCUGAAUUCCAAACCCAGGUAAAGCUAGGAUGCUGCAAGUCACCAGAGAAACAAGACAUAAUCAAUUAUCUUGUUAACCACAAAGUUACAGAGCAGGAGGAAGUCCCGUUUACUGUAACAAGUAACAGUGGCAUUGAACAGAUGCCAAUGUCUCCAAUGGAGCUUACAAAUCUGGCUAUGGUCUUGACUCAAAGCAACAAUGAUACAGAAGAGGUGAAAAGCACAAAUCUGCCAGAGAUCAUCAAUGGAGUAGCGGAAGUUAGUAUGGGAGUAUCUGUAAGUAAGGAUAUUAGUAGAGAGUAUGAUAUGUCUAGAGAGAAUUUGCAUGACACAAAAGAGGCAUGUGAGCAACAAACUAAAGAUGAGAGUAAUGCCAAAGAGAUACUGGGAGAGGUUGCAGUAAAGAUUGAAUGUGAGAAAAACAGUGGCCCGACAGAUGAGGUGGAUAAUCUCUCCUGUUUUAAAUCUUCUCUUGCAAGCCCUCCUAGACUAAGUGCUGAUUUGAAUGCUUUUCUUGAUGAUGAAAGCACAUUCUCCCAGUUAUUCCCCACUAGAAAUGAGGAACUGAAAAGGAAAAAAUUUGCAAAGGUUUAUGGUAAGAAGAACAAGAAGCAGAAACUAUCAACCGAUUCACCGUUAGUUCAAGACCAUCCUCCUCCUGACCUAUAUCUCGAAAGGAAAGAUGACUAUACAGAAAAUCAGAUAGACCAAACAUUUGUCAACAAUCAAAACGACCCUUGUGAAUAUGAAACAAUAUCCAUUGACGAUGCUAUCAUGUUGAACAUGUGUCAUAAUAGCACAUUAAAGAGUGAUUCCAAAAAGGUAUGUAGCAUGAAAGGAGACACAACAGACCACAAAGACAAUCAUGAGAAUGGUGUGGACCAUGGCAGUGACUUCCUAUGCCAAUCUGAGAGCACUAUCGACAAAGCAUCAUUGGCAUGGAGUGCCUCCAACGACUCUGUUACAGAUACUGUGAUCUCCUCUGACCAAACUUCCUGUAAAGCAGAAGCCCCAACCCCACCAUGUCCACUUCCUAUUAUAGCCUCUUCUGCACCUUAUCCUGGAGAGCCAUGUGCUACAGACAACGUGUCUCCUUUCCACAGCAUUGACAUCCCAAACCUCAAUACCACAUUCCAGCUACCAGAAAUGCAAUUAUUUGACUCCAACAAGGACAUCCCAGUAGAAAGACCCAUUGCCACUGAUUAUGCGGAGACAAGAGACACUGCAAAGGCCAAGAAGCUCACAGAACACAGGGGAAGGAAACGACAAGAGGGCAGCGUGAAGAUCAAGGACAAACAGUACAAGUGCAAGGUGUGCUUCACCUGGUUCCUUACCCUGGGGGAGCUCAACUUCCACAAGUUAUCCCACAACCCCUCUCCACCUCCCACCUGCUACAUGUGCGUCCAGCGCAAAUUCAGCUCCCGGGAGCAGCUGAGGGACCACCUGAGGGAGAAACACGCCAAGAACAAGGCCGGCAUCUGGACCUGUGGCAUGUGCCUGAAGGAGAUAUCAGACGUGUGGAUGUACAAUGAGCACUUACGGGAGCAUGCCACGCAGUUUGCCCGCAAGGGCCAGUCACACAGCGCUAUCCUGGGGAGUCUGCCGGGCUCUGGCAUGCAGGAGUCAGCCGUGAAGAACUUCAUCACCUCCAUCAUGCAGCGCCGCCCCAGCAAGGCCAGCAGAGAGACCAGUAAGGUCCCCAACAAGGAGAAACUAGCCGUAGUAGAAAACACAGAGCAGGUGAAAACUACAGAGGUAGCUCAGCCCAAAGUUGUCAAGCCUAAAGGGAACAUUGAAAAAGUGGGGAAACCGAGCAUGCUGACACCAGUUGAGGUUCUGCACAAUACAGUGCCAGUGCCAAAGAAUGUGGAGAUGCACCCCAACUGUAAAGACCCCUCGAGAGACUGCCACCACUGUGGCAAGCAGUUCCCCAAACCCUUCAAGCUUCAGAGGCAUCUGGUUGUGCACAACUUAAAUAAGAUUUUUCUGUGCCACAAAUGCCCAGUAACCUACCAGGAGCCACAGGAACUAAAAUAUCAUCUGAAGAAUGAGCAUGAGGAGGUGGAUGAGCUUGACUCAAAGCAUACCACCCUCUACACCUGUGAGCUGUGUGCAGAUGUCAUGCAUGUGAUCAAGAAAUCUUUCAUCUGCAGCACCUGUAACUACACCUUCUCUAAGAAAGAGCAGUUUGACCGACACAUGGAAAAGCACUUGUCAGGAGGGAAUAAGAUCUUCAAGUUUAGAGGCGUUCUCAGGCCUAUCAAGACAUCUCCCUCCAAAGAGAACGAUGAGUGUGAAUUGCCAGCAAACAAAAAGAGAAAAAUCCUUACUGACAUUCUACAAGAGAACAGCUCUGACAGUGGCAUCGCCAGCAUAGCCUCACUGCACUUACAUAAGAGUGCUGAGAUGCCAGUUCUGAAACUCUCUGUACACACAACAGAGGACUCUACACAGACCAGUGCAGGUGAAUAUCAUACUGAAAAAUAUGCCAGUGUGAAGACGGAGGACAUGGCUGAGGAAUACUCUGACAUGCUGGUAGAGCUGGAGCAUUGUACCUUUCACCUGGGCUCGGAAGGUCUCUCAACUGCUACACCCAAAACAGAGGACAUUGAUCCCAGUCCUUCACCUAAGCUGCCUGUUAGAGACAUUGGUGAGGCCGAUGGCAAAUCAUUCACAGAGCCAUGUGAUGUGAAGGAAGAGCAUGAUCCACUUGAGAGCAGUAUAGCUGAAAAGGAAAAGGAGUGCUUUGCCAAUGCUAAGCAGAGCACUCCUGAGAGCAGCAUACAGACUACCACAGCAGAAGCUGAAAAGAAGACACAGAGGACAGAUUCCAUGGCAUCGGAUGAGGAGUUGUACGUUAGUUUCCGCGAAAACCUGAUCAACAGCUCAAUGACACCCGAUACACAUGAUAUCCACCGUCCUCCUACAAAGCAUAAAUCAUCUACCGUUGUGAUGGACCAAAUGAGGGAGGGUGAGCUGGGGCAACAGACAACCAGCCGUCACAGCCAUGACAACAAGCAGAAUGACAAAACCUCCACACCCAAGCCCAGUGAAAACACUAAACACAGCUCCAACAAUAGCCCCGGGGCCAUGGAGUCAACACCAGUCCACCACACUAAGAUCACUUCCCAGGGCCCGGCAUCCAAUGAGGACAAAGACUCUGUGAGAAGAGAACAGAAGAAGAGGAAAGAGAUGAGGACACCUCACAGUUUACAGAGGGUCUCCUCGUCUGCCACACGGGAGAACCUUGCUGCCGACGUCAAGACCAAAAAUAAGUUCCGUCCCAGCAAGUGCGAGAGUCCGGCAGUUCACAGGAAAUCAGACGGCUCCAGCGAAUACCCAGUGCUCUCUUCAGUGAAAGAAGAUGUGGUCAGCAACAAAAUAGUCUCCAAGCACAAAACAUCAGGGAGUCUAGGCCUUCAAGCAAAGAGAAGCUCCCUCGAUAACUGCACACCAAGGAAAGCAGAGAUGGUGCAUCAUAUUAAUGGGGAUUACAAAGCCAAAAAAGGGCCUCUUGGACGGGCUCUUCAUUACCCAGUUUCUAAAGCAUCAGUGCUUCCUAUGAACAAUUCCUUGAAUAAGUCUAGGCCAAAGACAGGGGUGAGGUCCAUGGAGAGCCACUCCUAUAGGACAGCAGAGUCUCAGAAUAACCUCCUGAGCCAGCUGUUUGGCCAAAAGCUCACCAGUUUUAAGAUUCCUUUGAGGAAGGACACUUCAGAACCA